CAUUUCACUAUCGGCCUCAGUUCCCGCGGAGCCGCCGGUUGCGCAUAUUAAGACAGUUAUAAUCGUUAAGGGCACUUUGGAAUAGCUUCAGCUGGUUUACAAACUCUGAAAAAAGCUCCUAUGGCAAAGAAGGCUACAUCGCUUUUUCUCCGGGCUCUGGGGAUCUCAGAAGGACAGCCGUGUAAUGUCAUGAGCAGAAAGUCAAAUGCGACUAUCAGGCACCUGAGCUCAUGCGGCAUCCUUGCUACAAGACGGGUGAGCUUACCUUCCACUUCAGCAUCUUGUCAGGUUGUGCCUGCCCGGAGCUUCAUAAAUUUAUCAGCCAGUCUCAUAACACGGAGAAUGGAGUAUUCAGAGUGCCGGACCAUGAGUUACUCACCUGAUCAGAUGUACAACGUUGUUGCCAAUGUGGACCAGUACCAGCAGUUUGUGCCUUGGUGCAAGAAGUCAAAGGUCACGAGGAGCAGGAACGGGGACAUGCGAGCUCAGCUUGAAAUUGGGUUUCCGCCCAUAGUUGAACGCUACACCUCUGAGGUCACGGUUAUCCCGAACCACCAAGUCAGAGCAGUAUGUACAGAUGGCACACUAUUCAGUCACCUUGAGACAUUGUGGCGAUUCACUCCUGGGGCUACAGGCCAAGAUGAUUCCUGCAGUGUGGAGUUUUUUGUGUCAUUCGAGUUUAAAUCGUUGCUCCACUCACAAUUAGCAACAGUAUUUUUCGACGAGGUGGUCAAACAGAUGGUUAAUGCCUUUGAGACACGAGCAGCCAAACUCUACGGCACCAGCGUUCAUCGAUUGCAGACUCCAUUCUGAAGAUUAGCCUGAGAACAUUUCACCAUUGUUUUUUUUUGGGAUUUUUCCCCUUUUUCUCCCAAUUUGGAAUGCCCAAUUCCCAAUGCGCUCUAAGUCCUCGUGGUUGCAUAGUGAUUCGCCUCAGUCCGGGUGGCGGAGGACAAAUCCCAGUUGCCUCCGCAUCUGAGACAGUCAACCCACGCAUCUUAUCACGUGGCUUGUUGAGCGCGUUGCCACGGAGACAUAGCGCGUGUGGAGGCUCAAUUCACCAUGCGCCUCACCGAGAACAAACCACAUUAUAGCGACCACGAGGAGGUUACCCCAUGUGACUCUACCCUCCCUAGCAACCAGGCCAAUUUGGUUGCUUAGGAGACCUGGCUGGAGUCACUAGCAAACUAGCGAACUCCAGGGGUGGUAGCCAGCGUAUUUUACCACUGAGCUACCCAGGCCCACAUUUCACCAUUGUUGAGUAAAGAACACAUGCAUUGUUACAAUGUGUCAGCUCUGGAGAAGAACAACUCUGCUUAUUUUAAUCCAGUUUCUUGGAUUUUGGAUUGUUAAUAGCAGCACCUACUGUAUACUAGUUGCUGAAACAAGAACACGUUUGUAAAUAUAUAUUUAUUCAAAUCAUUAGAGAUAUAAUUUAUUGACAUGCAUGUGAGUAUCAUUUUUUUUUUUUUUUUUACAGUGAUUAUGUUCACAUGCAUGACCAAAGGGGGUGAAAAAAAAUCUGCAUAAAUUAUUGUUGAAUGCACUUUUUCCACACUUGUAAUAAAGAAAAUAAUAUAUUUUCUAAA